GACCUCUCACCUCUCUGACAGCAGCUCAUGGAUCCGCUCCCUCCGUUCACAAACACGGAAGCAGCAUGGCGUUCAACAGCAGCGGCGGCUCCGACAGACAGCAGAUUGCACAACAGAGACUGAGGAUCAUUACCGGACACUUACAGAGACCGGAGGACGAUGACUCGGCCAUUUCAGCCGUGGAGUGCAAAGCCCCAAGCAGCGAGUCAGAUGCCUCCUCCAGUGAGGGGAAGACGGUGCCCAGGAGGAGGCACGAGAUAAUGAAAUGGAAUGGCUGGGGAUACAGCGAUUCAAAAUUCCUCUUCAAUAAGAAAGGUCAAGCAGAAUUUACCGGUAAAAGGUAUAGAAUAAGUGGUCUGAUCAUCCCUGGCCUGAAAGAUUGGAUGGAAGGCACAUUUGGAGCUAGUGUGCAACACAAAUCUCAAGCAACACCCAUUCUGAACAGCAGUUCUGUUCAACCUCCCAACCUUAAUGAGGCCUUUGUUGAGGAACUGAAAUCCACAGGUGUUCCCUUCUCUCAUGAUGCAGAGGACCGAGUGUUCCGUGCCCAUGGACACUGCUUACAUGAGAUCUUUGCCCUCAGAGAAGGCAAAAUCGGUCGAGUUCCAGAUAUGGUCGUGUGGCCAAACUGCCACGAUGACGUAGUAAAAAUUGUGGAACUGGCGUGCAAACAUAAUGUUUGUUUAAUACCAUAUGGAGGAGGGACUAGUGUCUCCAGUGCUCUGGAGUGCCCCCCUGAGGAAACCCGUUCCAUUGUUUCUCUGGAUACCUCACAGAUGAACCGCAUUCUGUGGAUUGAUGAGAAAAAUCUAACUGCCCAUGUGGAAGCUGGCAUCGUUGGUCAGGAUCUGGAGAGAUUACUCAAUGAGAGUGGCUACUGUACAGGACACGAACCGGACUCCAUGGAGUUCAGCUCCCUGGGGGGCUGGGUAGCAACCAGAGCGUCAGGCAUGAAGAAGAACAUUUAUGGAAACAUUGAGGACCUGGUUGUCCACAUGAAGAUGGUGACCCCUCGAGGUGUCAUUGAAAAGAGUUGUCAGGGCCCACGUAUGUCCACAGGGCCGGACAUUCACCACUUCAUCCUGGGUUCUGAAGGAACCCUGGGUGUGGUUACCGAAGUAACGAUGAAGAUUCGUCCCAUGCCAGAGUAUCAGAAAUAUGGCUCUGUUGUUUUCCCUAAUUUUGAGCAGGGAGUUGCUUGUCUGCGGGAGAUUGCAAAACAGAGAUGUGCUCCAGCAUCAGUACGGCUCAUGGAUAAUGAACAAUUUAAAUUUGGUCAUGCUCUGAAACCUCAAGUGUCUUCCAUUUUCACAUCCUUUUUGGACGGGUUGAAGAAAUUUUACAUCACCAAGUUCAAAGGGUUUGACCCCAACCGCCUGUGUGUGGCCACCCUGCUGUUUGAGGGAAACAGAGACAGGGUCCUGCAGCAUGAGAAGCAAGUUUAUGACAUUGCUGCGAAAUUUGGGGGCCUGGCAGCUGGAGAGGACAAUGGUCAAAGGGGUUACAUGCUGACCUUCGUCAUCGCUUACCUCCGGGACUUGGGGAUGGACUACUAUGUAAUGGGAGAGUCCUUUGAAACGUCUGUGCCUUGGGACAGGGUGUUGGACAUGUGCCGGAAUGUGAAGGCACGCAUUGUCCACGAGUGUAAAGAGAGAGGAGUUCAGUUUCCACCAUUGUCCACAUGCAGGGUGACUCAGACAUAUGACGCCGGAGCCUGCGUCUACUUCUACUUUGCCUUCAACUACAGAGGACUCAGCGAUCCAGUACAUGUGUAUGAACAAGUGGAGCAUGCUGCUAGAGAAGAAAUCCUGGCCAGCGGAGGAAGCUUGUCGCAUCACCAUGGAGUGGGGAAACUUCGGAAGGCGUGGAUGAGAGAGACCAUCUCCAGUGUUGGCAUGGGCAUGCUGCAGUCUGUCAAGGACUACGUAGACCCCGCUAACAUCUUUGGCAACAGGAACCUUUUGUGAUUUCCCGCUCCUGUUCAUCUUUACUUGCCCCUUUUUCUAAAAAAAAAAUAAAUAGAGAAUCAUUUUGUGUGUUUUGGAUUAAUCAAUACUAACUGUGAAUUCAAAAUUGACAGAUAUCAUCCAGUGCCAUUUAAUUAUGCACCCCCAAAACCUUUUUAUUUGGCAUUAUAUUGCACUCGAUUCGCUGUAACAAUCACUUGCGUUGAAAUUAAUUUUUUGCUGUUGUGUCGCAGCCUCGGCUCACGUGAUCGAUGGCCACAAUGCUUCCCGACAUGAUGCUACUAAAAUGAGAUUUUUGUUGCAUUUGCUUUCCCUAAAUAUUCUUGCCAAAAUAGUUAAGUGUGUGUGUGUGUGUGUGUGUGUGUGUGUGUGUGUGUGUGUGUUGGUAUACGUGUGGCACUUCUUUAGUGGUAAAUUCUAGAGGAAUGCGCUCUCUAAAGCUCUGUGCCUUUGUAAAGCUUUUCUCUGCCUUCCCCAUAUCCCACUGCACACUGGUGUAGUGGAGUCUCCUUGUGAAGCAGGACAGACUUGGACAUGACGUUUUCAGUGUCUCCUGUUUGUCUUUUCCAUUCCCUCAGGCCUUUUGUUGUACUGACCUAUUGCCAUAAGAGACGUUGUAGUCGACGCGUGUGCGUUUACACCCCUCCUGACAGACUUGUUAUACUACACCCAAAAAGUAAACAUUCUUUUCAGCUGUAGUGUGAUUACAAAGAGAGAUAUUCCUUGUGUAAGUUUUGUACUGAACAAUUUUUUUCCCUGCAUGGUUUGUUGGCGAGAAAGUGAUGUGGGCGGGGGGGAAGGGAAAACCAUGUCUGCUUCAGUGUGAUUGAGUAUGCAGUUUACGGUCUCUUUAUUCCGGUGCUCACAUUGUACCAAAGACUUGACACGUCAGAUCAUGCAAACAUACAGUUGACAUCUGUUUGUGUAACCGACAUCUUCACACGCUUUCACAGCUAACACAGCUUAAAAAGAGAGAGAGAGAGAGAUAAACAUUUUUUUAAAUCCUGAUAAUAUGCAAUGAUAUCCCUUGUGAGAGCUGUAAAAUGUAGAAAUUUGUUAUUGUUCCACGUGCUAAAACUUUCUAAUAAACACGUAUGUUUGCUAAGA